AUGGGACCCGCGCUGCCGCCGUCUGCGAGGUGGGGGGCUGCUGCUGGCGCGAGGGCCGGGCCGGGGAUGCCGAGCCUCGACGAUGUGGCGGCGUCGCGCGAGCAGAGGGCCGAGGACGCGGCGCGCGCGCGCAGGGAGGCGGCGGAGGAUCUGCGGCACGAGAGAAGGGCGGACCGGCGGGAGCAGCGGGAGAAGCUGGACGAGCUCGUGCCGCGGGCCGAGGCCGGGACGAGGGAGCGCAGGCUGGAGAAGAAGGCCAUGGUCAACGACAAGAUGAAGGGGUUCCGAGAGGGGUCGCCGGGGGCGGCGGUCGUCGGGGACCGGGAGCUCAUGGGCGGGGGCGACGGCGUGGAGGAGCUGCGCAGGGAGCGGGAGCGGGAAGAGAGGAAGAAGACGGAGCGGGAGCUGCGCCGGGAGGAGAUUGCCAGGGCCAAGGCUGCCGAGCGGGAGGAACGCGUGCGGGAGUGGAAGGAGAGGGAAGAGGGCACCAUGAAGGCGUUGAAGGAGCUGGCCAAGGCGAGGUUUGGCUAG